AACUAUAGCGAGUCAGGUUACAGUGACUACGGCCAGUACAGCGAUUACAGCAGACCGGAGUACCACCAGCCCUCUCGAGUACAAGUGACUGCCAAGGUGCUCUUCGGGUCAGUCAGUGCCAUAUCUAACCUUAAGCAGAAGAAAUGCACCAAGAAGAAGUAAAAAGGCGCCCUGUCGCGCGGGCGGCGAUGUGGGCGUGGGCGGCGGUGGUGGUGGCCGUGUUGCGGGCGGCUCCCAGCACCGGCGACGCAUCCGCUUCCGCCUUCGACGCCCGCCAGCAGGAGAGCCCGCGGCCUGCCUUCCGGACGCCCGCGGGACCCAGGAACCGUCCGGAGCCGUACUCGCUGUCGUGGGCGCGGGCGGGGAGGCAGGCGCCCGUACCGCUGCAGUUCAGCGCCUCCAGCGAGGUGGGCGCCAGCAUCCUCAACCACGUGACCCAGUACGGCAUCAACGAGACGCGCUACCUCACCGCCGUCAAGGAACCCAAGCUCUUCGAGGAGGGCUACCACCUCCAGCGCGGACAUCCGGGACUCUUCCUCGCCGCUUUCAACAAACAGAAGAAGAAGAGCAAGACGCUGGCGGAGUUCGGCUACGCUUCCCUGAGGGCCUCCGAGCUGCUGUCUAGCCAGUUCCUUCUGACGCGACAGCAGGCUCUCUUCGGACUAGAACAGGUGUCUCUCAGGAACACUGCGCUUUACGACGCCUGUCCAGUCAAGUCGGAGGAGUUCUCGGAGCGACCCUGCCCCGCCUACUCCGUCAUGUACCGUACUUUGGAUGGGACGUGCAACAACCUCGACAAGCAGGAAUGGGGCGCCGCAUUCCGCCCCUUUGCGCGAUUUCUGCCACCGGACUACAGCGACGGCAUCGAGGCCCUGCGAGAGAGCGUGCGCGAGGGCCCCCUGCCCAACCCGCGCAAGGUCAGCGCCACCGUCCACCGCUCCCUCAACAGGCCCUCCUACAAGAUCACAAUGAUGGUCAUGCAGUGGGGGCAGUUCCUCGACCAUGACAUCACCGCCACGGCGCAGUCGCGGGGCUUCAACCACAGCGUCCCCAAGUGCUGUAACGAGCGGACGGGGAAACCACUGCCUGAGGCGUUCAGACACCCGGACUGCCUGCCCAUCGAGAUCCCCGAGAGCGAUCCCUUCUAUUCCAAGUGGAACCACACCUGCAUGGAGUUCGUCCGUUCCUCGCCCGCGCCCAGAGCCAACUGCGCCCUCGGGCCUCGUGACCAGAUCAACCAGGUUACGUCAUACAUCGACGCCUCUAACGUGUAUGGAUCAGAUGACCAAGAAAUGGCUCAGCUGCGUCUGUGGGAAGCCGGUAUGCUCAAGUACAAGCCGGUGAGAUUCCGAAAGCCUCUCCUCCCGCCCCUGGACCACUUCGAGGAGGGCGAAUGCAGGGAAAACUCGCGUAACCUGCAUUGCUUCCAAGCCGGGGACCUCCGCGUGAACGAGCAGCCGGCCCUGACCAGCAUGCACACCAUCUGGCUCCGCGAACACAACCGGCUGGUGACGGAGCUGGCCGACGUCAACCCGCACUGGAACGACGAUCGGCUUUUCUUCGAAGCGAGGAAGAUCGUGGCCGCGCAGAUGCAGAAGAUCAGUAGGGGACCUGUGGCUGCGACGCGGCUGGAAUCCUUCCCUGAUAACGUCACAAGGACUCUUAGUGCCUUUACAAAUCUCACUAAACUGGCUUAUAUUGUUGCUGUUUUCUUCAAAUACAAAGAAGGACCCGCGGUGAUGAAGGUGUUCCGUCUGCCGCUGCAGAGGUUCGGCUACUACCGCGGCUACCGCUCCACGACCAACCCGACGGCCACGAGCGCCUUCGCCACCGCCGCCUUCAGGUUUGGCCACAGCCUCGUCCAACACACCCUCAUGCGAUGCGACAAGACCGGGCGGCGAGUCCCCUUUACCAUCCGACUGCACCAGGAGCUCAUGAACCCUUCCAACAUCCACAACUUCGGCAGCGUGGACCGGCUCAUGCUGGGUCUGGCCUUCGAGAGAGCUCAGGGACGCGAUGUGUACAUGACGGACGAGCUGACGAGGCAUCUGUUUCAGUCGCCAGGCCACCACUACGGCAUGGACCUCGCCGCCCUCAACAUCCAGCGCGGGCGUGACCAUGGACUGCCGGCCUACAACGUGUGGCGCGAGCAGUGUGGCUUGCACCGCUUCGUCAACUGGGGCGAACUCCUGCAGGUGAUGGACGACGACACCGUGGGCAGGCUGGCGGCGGUUUACAGGCACGUGGACGACAUCGACCUGUUCUCGGGGGGCCUGGCCGAGAAGCCCGUCCUCAGGGGGCUCGUCGGGCCCACCUUCGCCUGCGUCCUGGGCCAGCAGUUCCUCAAUCUCAGGCGCGGCGACCGCUUCUGGUUCGAGAACGGCGGCUUCGUGUCCUCGCUGUCGCCGGAUCAGCUGAAGGAGGUCAGGAAGGUCACGCUCGCCAGGGUCAUGUGCGACAACCUCGAUGACAUUGACGACCUGCAGCCUAAUGUAUUCCGGCCGCCCACAGAAAACGGAAGGAACGUCCGAAAGUCCUGCGAAGGAGACGAAAUCCCCAGGCUGGACCUAGAGGCGUGGAGAGAACAAGUGGACACAGAAUUCCCCGGGUUGCAGUACGCAGGGGGCAACCUCAAUUUGUCUGUUAUUAGCACCCAGCAGGAACAGCACAGCGAGUUCGACUACCACUACGACGACGACUACCUCUCCGGCCUGCCCGAGGAGGAGCUCUUCUACCUCGAGCCUCAGGAUGACCUCGAUGACUACACCGAGGAGGCGCUGCAGAAGCUCUACUCCAACGAGCUGCCGAGGCCCUUCGAGGAAGCCGACGAGAAGAGCGGCAAGGAGGAGCCAGCGCCUGCCCACGGAGGAGGCGGCCCCGGACUCAGCCAGCUCACGGAUCAUAACUUCAACAAUGUGAUUGAACACGCGUACUCCGACACCCUGUUCUACGGCAGGAGUCUCGAUAGGAACUGAAAGGGGAGUGGGAGCGAGAGGAGGAGGAGGAGGAGGAGGAGGAGAUAAAGACGAAAGAGAGAGACUGGAGGUGAAGGAUGGUGAGAGAAAAAGAAGGGAUAGAGGAAGCAACACGUUUUGUCGAACACCUGCGAGGGUCGUGAGGAUCCGGUAACGCGUGGCAGGGUCGCGGCGAGGCUUGGGAAGGUGUAUGUGCGUCGACUCUUGUGUGUGUGUGUGCGUGUGUGUGUGUGUGUGUGUGUGUGUGUGUGUGUGUGUGUGUGUGUGUGUGUGUGUGUGUGUGUGUGUGUGUGUGUGUUCGUUCGUUCAUAAUUCCUGUUCGCCCACGUUGCCAUAGAUCCUUGUGUACAAAGACGCCCAGUUAUGUAUGUCCUCGCCUCUGAAGAUCGUAAAUAUCUUUUGCUUGGCUUACAUACGUAGUGUAUUUACUAAAGUUACCAGAACCGUUUCUUCUUGAUCAGCUGAUCAGGUGACCUCGUCAGUUUCUCUGUCGCUGUCGUUAAUAUAUAUUAUGUUGUACAUCUUUGACUGUAUAAUGAACUUUCCUCUUAUCAGUCUACAACUUGUUAUAAAUUUCCUUAUUUUCUUUUUAUAGCUUAAGAUUUGUUCUGUUUUCUGUUUUCUAGUGUUUUUUUUAAACAUAAUUCGUUAACCCAGAAUUAUUUAUUUGUUGUAGUAGAUGAAGCGUAAGCUAGUGGCGUGCUUAUACAUGUCUCUUAUUUAUUUAUUUAUAAGUAUGACCGUGUUCUCCGUUUUCUUUCUAGUUUGCUGCACUCCCUCCACUAUAAGGUUUUAGCUAACGGUAUAGGCUCUGCUGUCACGAUUUAUUUUGUUAUUGUAAUAGGAAGUAUUGUUAGUAUCCGUAUGUUGCUCUUGAUAUAGACUAAUAUUAUCUUUAUUAUCUCGUCCCUGUUUGUAUUCUUUGCUUCUUAUACACACUUACAAUAUAUAUAUGUGUGUGUGUGUGUGUGUGUGUGUGUGUGUGUGCGUGCGUGCGUGCGUGUGUGCGUGCGUGUGCGCAUGCGCUUAUAUAUACGUACAUUCAUACAUACAAGUGUAUUUACAAGUACAUAGAUUUACAGGAACAUAUGCAUAUAUACAGAUGUUUAUGCAUGUGCUUAUGAAUAUGCAGUGUAUUUGUUUAU